AUUUUGUUGUGUGUUGGUUGACGUUUUUACUUUUGUUUAUAUGAUUUUUGGUAAAUUAAUUGUUCCUUUAAUUAGUUGUAGAUCUUUUUUGUUCAAUUUUAACAAAUUAACUGUACGAUUAUCAUCAAACUCACCGAAAAUGUCAAUUGAAUCAUCAUCUUCAUCGAAAGUAAUGUCAACAGAAAGUGACGAAGUUGAAUUGAUGAAGAAAUUAGGACUUGAUGGUGAGACUUAUCUUCUCGUUGAUAUCGGUGCUAAUUUAACUAAUAAAAAGUAUGCCCGUGAUCUUGAUGGUGUCAUUCAACGAGCCAAAGAUUCAGGUGUUCAAAAAAUUAUGGUCACCGGAACGUGUAUGCAAUCAAGUCAGGACAGUUUACGAUUAACUCGUUUAUAUCCGUCAACCUUAUACUCGACAGCAGGUGUACAUCCACAUGAUGCCAAAACCUGGACAGAUGAAACUGAGACAUUUAUCCGCGAUUUAGCGGCCAACAAUUCGGAGGUUGUUGCGCUCGGUGAAUGUGGCCUAGAUUUUAAUCGUAACUUUUCACCCCCUGAGACACAAUUAGAGGUUUUCGAGAAACAGGUACAAAUCGCCUGUGACCUAAAGAAACCGUUAUUUGUCCAUGAACGGGAAGCACAUGAAGAAAUGGUCAAAAUACUGACCAAAUACUCAACUAGACUUCCUCCAACUGUGAUACAUUGUUUCACGGGAACAAUUGACGAGGCCAAAAAGUAUAUAGAAUUAGGCUAUUAUAUCGGAUUAACAGGUUUUCUUUGGAAGGAUAAAUCGGACAAUGGUGUUCGUAAGGCCUUGGAGGAAAAGGUCAUUCCCUUAGAUCGGUUAAUGGUCGAGACUGAUGCACCCUUUAUGUAUCCAAAUACACGAGCUAACAAAUUACCAGAUAAGGUCAAAAAGUCGCUCUCUGAUCGAUCGUUAAGUUUCCUACAACGUUAUUGUACCUUCCAACGAAAUGAACCUUGUUCGUUACCUGUAACCGUUGAAAUGAUUUCCGCUUUCAUGGAAAUGAAACCGGAAGAUGUUGCACUUAAGACAAGUUUCAACGCUCUCAAAGUAUUCGGCCUUAGCUAAGGAACGGGUUGUGAUCUUAUUCCUCGAUUUAAUUGUCCCGAUAACAAUCAAACAGCUAAGAAAGUGAUAAUAUAAUCCAUUAUGCUUUGGAUCAAUUUUUUGAUCUUUUGUUUAACAUUUCAAAAAAUUAUUAACUAAUAAUUUUAAUCGAGUUAACUUUCUAAAUUGUGAUCUAAACUAAGCCAACAUUUACCCGUUGCAAUUAACAUGAUUAUUAUCAUAAAAUUAUAUCCACAAUUGCAACACAAUUAAAAUUGAAAUUAAAUUAAUUUCUGCAAAAAGA